UCAGUCUUAGAGUGAAACAGAAAACUGUAUAUAACGGUUUUGGGUUUAUGCAAAAAAAAAGGACAGGAAUUGGUGGAUAUUAGAAAAUUUGAUUAUCAAAAUUAAUGUCUGUCUGUAUGUGCACAUUUGGACAGAUUAACAGAAACUGCAGGAGCCUGGGGACAGUAAUAAAGAAUAAAAGUUGCAGACAGGUAGUUGUGGCAGAGAAGAAAACUGAAAGGCAGAGCACAGGACAGAGGAAUACAAGCAAGAGGCGGCAUGAGCGAGGGAGCGGCCACACCAGCACCUCUUGGCACUGCCAUACUUUACAGGGGCGACUCUGGGAGGUGGCGAUGUGGCGGUGUUAGAGGAAGAGGAGCAUCAUGGGGCGUACAACAGGAUAAAGAAAAGACAAGACAAGCCCCACUUCUCAACUCCCGUAGAACGCUCGCUCGCUGGGCUGAAAAAUGGAGGCGCGAAUCCUGCCCGAUCGAGCGCACGUUCACUGCGCACGCGCACAGGACAAGGCGCCGAGCGCUGCGCUAUCGAUCGGCACCACUCUCCCCUGCUCUUCUCUCCAUCUUACCAACGCCUUCGAGAGGCAUCAUGGACAGAUCUAAAGAAAACUGCAUUUCAGGGCCUGUUAAGACUACAAUUCCACUUGGUGAUGGUCCAAAGCGUGUUCUGGUGACUCAGCAAUUACCUCAGAAUCUGUUAUCUGCAAAUAGUGGCCAGGCUCAGCGGGUCUUGUGUCCUUCAAAUUCCUCCCACCGAGUUCCUUCGCAAGCGCAGAAGCUUGUCUCCAGCCAUAAACCAGUUCAGAACCUGAAGCAGAAGCAAUCGCAGGCAACCAGUGUCCCUCACCCUGUCCCCAGGCCACUGAAUAAUACCCAAAGGAGUGAGCAGCCUCAGCCGUCAGCCCCUGGAAAUAAUUCUGAAAAGGAACUGGCAUCAAAAGAGAAAAACGAAGAAUCAAAAAAAAGGCAGUGGGCUUUGGAAGAUUUUGAAAUUGGUCGUCCGCUGGGUAAAGGGAAGUUCGGUAAUGUUUAUUUGGCGAGAGAAAAACAAAGCAAGUUUAUCCUGGCUCUUAAAGUGUUAUUUAAAGCUCAACUAGAGAAAGCAGGAGUUGAGCAUCAGCUGAGAAGAGAAGUAGAAAUACAGUCCCACCUUAGGCAUCCAAACAUUCUCAGACUGUAUGGUUAUUUUCAUGAUGCCACCAGAGUUUACCUGAUUCUAGAGUAUGCACCUCUUGGAGCUGUCUAUAGAGAACUUCAGAAACUGUCAAAGUUUGAUGAGCAGAGAACUGCUACUUAUAUCACAGAAUUGGCAAAUGCACUGGCUUACUGUCACUCAAAGAGAGUUAUUCACAGAGACAUUAAGCCGGAGAACCUGCUCCUUGGAUCAGCUGGAGAGCUUAAGAUUGCCGAUUUUGGGUGGUCAGUGCAUGCCCCGUCCUCCAGGAGAACCACCCUCUGUGGCACGCUGGACUACCUCCCCCCCGAGAUGAUCGAAGGCCGCAUGCAUGAUGAGAAGGUUGAUCUCUGGAGCCUUGGCGUUCUCUGCUAUGAAUUUUUAGUUGGGAAGCCUCCUUUUGAGGCAAGCACAUACCAAGAGACCUACAAAAGAAUAUCACGGGUUGAAUUCACGUUCCCUGACUUUGUACCAGAGGGAGCCAGGGACCUCAUUUCAAGACUGCUGAAGCAUAAUCCCAGCCAAAGGCCGACUCUAAAAGAAGUCCUGGAACACCCCUGGAUCACAGCAAAUUCAUCCAAACCAUCCAAUAGCCAAAAAAGCAAAGAAUCAACUAGCAAACAACCUUAAGACUCUUGCAGGGGGAGAAGUCCUGGAGCCAGGGCUGCUGUAUGAUCUGUCAGGAACAGGCUACCGACAGUAACUUACUCUUGACUGCCUGCCUGUAAUCGAGAGUGCCAGAGAAAAUGCUGGGUUUUGUUUUGUUUUUUACUGAGCAGGCAGUGCCUUGGCCUCCCCCUUCAGAAAACUCCACUUCAGUAAACAUGACACUCUGAGUGAAAAUAGCCACGAGAAUCAUACUACCUUCACUGGUUUCAUAAUCUGGAGGCAAAGUUCAGCUGCACCGCCCCACGGCUAUUUUGGAUAAGGCGUCCUUGUGGAAGGCGACUUUGGAGUCCCGUUGUGGGGAAAUGCUGCUUUGCCCUGACCUGAUCAGUUAAAGAGCCGUGCAAUAACCUCCCAAGUGCUGAGUGUGUGUGUAACUUAUUGGGUGGCCAAGCCUGGCAAAGCUGUCAGAAUGAGUAUGUGAUUUGUUCUUUUAAAUGUUAAAAAUAAAGAUUUUGUAUAGACUUAUA